AUGGUCACAAUCAGGACCAUUAUCAGCAUAGCAGCUGCCAAGGGUUGGCUUCUAUCUCAAAUGGAUAAUUGUUACAAACAAUGUUCUUUUGAUCAUUCCCUAUUCACAAAGCAUCAAGGAGGAGAGAUAGUCAUCAUAUUGGUGUAUAUAGAUGAUUUGAUGAUUACUGGGAGCUCCCCCAACUUAGUCAAUAAUGCCAAGAAAGUCUUACACAGUAAGUUCAAGGUUAAGAACUUAGGCAAGCUGAGGUACUUUCUGGGAAUUGAAAUAUCAAGGUCAAAGAAAGGAAUCUUGCUCAAUCAAAGAAAAUAUGCUUUGGAACUAAUUUCAAAAGUAGGAUUAAGUGGUGCAAAACCAGUUGCAACUCCUAUAGAGUUGAAUCAAAAAUUGACAACUGUGGAAUAUGAUACAUGUGUUGGAAAGACAGGAGAUUUAGAGCUGAAAGAUAAUUCAGCUUAUCAAUGA